AGGCGGAGACCGGCGCGGGGGAAGGCUGCGGCCCGGCCAUGCAGCCGGAGCGGGGCGGCAGCCGGCCGCGCAAGGAAGGGGCCCGGCAUGGCCGCCGGCGGCCCGGCGGCGCGGAGAAGGCGGCGGAGCCGGUGUCUGCAGGAAGCGGCGCGGACAGCCACGGCCGCGGAAGAGGCGGCGCUCACGGCCACCGAGGAGGAGGAGGGGGCCGGGGCAGGCGAGAGCCCCGAGGCCGGCGGGCAGCGCCGCCGCACACCGCCCCCCAUCUCCGCCGGGUAGAGGAGGACGAUGACAGCGACUCACAGGAGGAAGGAGAGAAGGAAGAGCAGAGAAGCUACUCCAGAAGGAAGGUUCUGUCCAACUGGAGCCGCUACGAGGACACAGAGAGAGAGGGAGAGCAGGAGGAGCCACGGAGAGGAGCGGAGUUCGGUGUCCUGCUGAGCUCAGCAGGAGAUUUCUUCGCACAGUUUCGAUUUGCUGACGAGAAGGAAUGGGCUGCAGAGAGCGCCUGCCACAAGCAGUUCUCUGCACUUUCUGUUGACUGCCAGUCUUUGGCCCAGGCCCUUCAGGAACUGCCUCUGCACCUGAGGUUGAAUGUCCCUGCUGAGCUUGUGCAGGCAUCAACCCCAGCAGAGCUCCCACAGAUGAAAUCUAAAGUCACUGAUGACAGCAAGAGGAGAGAGCUGCUGUUCCGACGGCCUCCAGCUCCGACUGACACGGCAUUGGGCUCCCUUUCCAGUACUGAUUCUGUUGCUUCCCCAGAGCCUGGAAGUAAACCCAGUCCUGGGGCAAGUGCAGCAGAACCAUUUCAGAGAGCCCAUGCACUGGCAAAGCAAGAGACUGACCAUGUGGAUGAAGAACUGGAUUUCCUCCUGACUCUGGAUGCUCCUGUGGAUACAGCCAAGGGACCCGUGCCAGGCGUGGUGUCUGGCACCUCAGCUGAGAAAGAGCUGAAAGAUCUGAGCGCAGAGUGGAAGGAAAAGGACCUUUUAAAACCAGCUGUGCCUGAAGAGAAGAGUACAGAACCACAGCAGCAGAAGGCGGCAUCUAAAACCAUUACUGAGGAGGAGCUGGAGGACUGGCUGGACAGCAUGAUCUCCUGAAGCUCCCCUUUGGACAGCAUGAUCUCCUGAAGCUCCCCUUUGGACAGCAUGAUCUCCUGAAGCUCCCCUUUGGACAGCAUGAGCUCCUGAAGCUCCCCUUUGGACAGCAUGAUCUCCUGAAGCUCCCCUUUGGACAGCAUGAUCUCCUGAAGCUCCCCUUUGGACAGCAUGAUCUCCUGAAGCGCCACUUUUCUCAUGAAGAAUGGACUAGAGCAAACACUGAGCAGCAAGUGGACUCUCUCAGUUGGAUCAGUGUCCCAAAUGCCCAAUUUUCUUUGCUGGCACCUAAAGUUCUGUGCAACCAAAAUGCAUUUAGAUGAGACUGAAAGCUGUGUGAGACAAAGCAUGCUUAGAAAGGUCUAAAAGCUGUGGUGAAUUGAGGAUUUCCUUUGCUAAAGAC